GCAGAGUGAAGGGUUUAAGGUCUAAAGGUAUAAGUUCCAGGUGAGAAUGAGUGCCGGCUGUACUCUGGAGGGCGCCGGGUGCGUCACAUGGUGGGGCUUCGGACCCGCGAGGAAUCUGCUCGAGACAUGCGUGCCCAGGCCACAGUUGGAGAUGAACGUGUUGCUGGUGGGCAGCAGCGACCCGAGACACAUCCUAAAGACCAUCUCAGGCCUCAAGAACAACGAGUCCCUCCAUCUUUGGGUGAUGGAGAACAGUAUGGAAGUGGCAGCGAGACAACUGCUGCUCCUCUACGUGUCUCUGAGCGGCCCGGAGGGCAUGGGCAUGCAGGAGAAAACGGAGGUGUUUCUGGAGCUGUUCGGGAACAGCGAGAUCCGCUCUCAAACCGACUGCAAGCUGAAGCACAUUGCAGCUCGACUGUCUCGCUCAAUCACGGAGUCACUGGACACAGACACGUCCAUACACCCCUGCCUGGACACGACCCUUCUCAAGUUCAAAGAGCGAGACGAACUGGCUCGGAUUUUCGGCCAGUGGCAAAACCCUCCCUCUACACCGCUCGCCAUGUCUAAGAUGUGGGACGCCCGUGUCAGGCGGCACCUCGGGCAGCGCUACGAUGCCCGCACCGGCUGCUUCGACUGGGACCUCAGCAUGAAGCUACACGACAGAGGGUGUGGCGUCAUCCACAAACAUCAGUACUGCAGAUGGAGGGAGAGCGGCGUGGCCUUUGAGAUGAGGGAGGGGCUUUACUGUGCCGCUAAUCAGAGUCUGCUGUCUACACGCGUGUUCUCUCAUAGAGGAGGCAGGAUGGGAGUGCGGGGAUACUGGGGCGACAUCGUCUCAAGUCCGUAUCUGUCCUUCGGCAUAGAAACAGAGAACAAAGAGCUCCUCAAAACGCAAAACAAUCAGCAUGUCAAGACUGCUCAAGACAUCUCUGUAGCCAACGUGCAGGCACUUUUUAAGUCCUUGUGCGGUAGAGGGGGACACGCACGUGCAUCUGAGCUCACGGAGGAACUGGAUGAUGACACGGCGGAAAGAGGGACUCGGACAGCUUCAGGUGAGGACACACAGCAGCCGGGAGACAAGCAGGGCUCUGAUGUUGAGCUGGAGGAAGCGAUCGGGCCUGACAACCAAACACAUGCAGGAGAGAAGCGGAAGGACACGAACGAUCAACGUGAUUUGAUGAAUCUAAACGGAGUACGCAUAUCGUUCCUGUCCCUGGACUCUCUGCCCAAGCUGUCCAUGAAAAGCAGAUACUGUCGACUGUUCAACGCUAUCUACUUCUCAACCAGCAUGGUGCACCAUUUGAACUCCUCCCUGACGCAGACGGCUGCACAGGACGCCGCACUGAUCGUCGAGAAGGCCAAGUACCUGUUGGACUUGUCUAAGGAGCAGGAAGCAGCUUUUGCUACGAGAGUCAGUGAAAUGGCUACAGAAGCAGGAUUUGUGCCGGUUCACACUCAGGAUGACGAUGCGUACGCGGUGUUCUCACUCCAAAAACACUCAUGACUCAGAGGACAGAGACACACAAACUACAAACUAGGCAGUUUUACGGCCCUGAUUCCAAUAAAGCUGGGACAGUAAGGAGUCAUCCGUCAUAUAGGCAUUGACUUAUAAGUUGGGACAGUUGACUGUUAACACCACUUUUUGAACCUUUUGGGCACCGAAGACAUCAGAUGGUCAUGUUUAGCGGCGCUGCAGUGAUGUUUCUGUAAGAAACACUGUGUUCGGAUGGCAGCUCCAAAAAGACCAGGUGCUCCUGCAUUAAUGGCGCCGUCACAGACAUGCAAUCCAGCCCUGCCACGGACUCUGGCACGCCCCCACUGCAUGUGCCAGGCUUCCGGACCUGAUGCUCCUUUUCCUCUUUGACCCAGGCUGUUAGUCCAAAAACUAUCUGAAGUAUUGACUUUGUAACCCUUUCCCAGUGUGUCUCAGCCCCUCGCAGCUGAGUCGGAGCCCAGAGACGUCUUUACCGCAGACAGUAUCGAUGUACAGCUUCCUUGAGCCGCAAGUUGCAUUUAAGGGAAUCCUGUUAAUGCAGCGAGAAUUAGGGUUAAUAGACAAAGGUCUUCCAGAGCGUUCCUGAGCUCAGAUAAUGAUAUCCACAUCUACGUUUUUUUAAGACAGUGACGUCUGAGGGAUCGGACAUGGUGUUAUGAGUUGUU